AAAUCCGCAGUCACACUGACACCAAGCUGCAUAAACAAAUUGUCUGCACACACUAUUUAAGGUAACUUAGUUUAUUCAGUGCAAAGCCAUGAUGGAGGAACAGUCCGACGAUGAGAACGCGGAGCCCGCUCCAAAGAAGAUCAAGCGGGAGUGGGUGAAGAGCUACUCCGAGAAGGCCAUGGAGAUGAUGAAAAAAAUGGGCUACGAGAACGACAAGGGUUUGGGUAAGAGCAAUCAAGGUCGCCUGGAGCCCGUUAUAGCCGUUCAGCAGGAUGGCCGUCGUGGCUUUGGCCUCAAGCUGGACGCCGCCCACUUGGCCGCCGGGCAAUGGGACCCCAGCUGCGAGGAGCUCGAGAUGCCCGAGACAGUCAAGUGGCUGACAAAUGUGGGCCCCAAUGCCAGCCAGUACACGCUCGAUCAACUGAUGGGCUUCGUCGUCAGGGGUGAACGAAAACGCACUCUGGAAGAUGAGAAUCGCUACUGUGAUCCCGAAGUCCUGCAUCACAUCCUCAAUGCCAAGUCGGCCUUUGACGACCUAAACGACAUCGAGAAACGUCGCGCCCGCUCGCGCUGCAAUCCAUUUGAGACCAUACGCAGUUCCAUUUUUCUCAAUCGAGCGGCCGUUAAAAUGGCCAACAUCGACUCCAUGUGCGACUUCAUGUUCACCAACCCCAGAGAUCUCGAGGGCCGUGCCCUGGUGGAUCCCAAGGACCUGCUCUACUUCACGGACAUGUGUGCGGGCCCUGGUGGCUUCUCGGAGUACGUUCUGUUCCGCAAAUCGUGGGAGGCCAAGGGAUUCGGAUUCACGCUGCGCGGUGCCAACGAUUUCAAGCUGGAGAAAUUCUUUGCCGCCUCACCAGAGUCCUUCGAUACCUACUAUGGCGUCAAGGACGAUGGCAACAUAUUCGACGACCAGAAUCAGGACUCAUUGAACGAGUACAUACGCUACCAUACACCGGAGGGCGUACACUUCGCCAUGGCCGACGGCGGAUUCUCGGUGGAGGGCGAGGAGAACAUACAGGAGAUACUGUCGAAGCAGCUGUAUCUGUGCCAGUGCCUCACCGCACUCAAGAUAUUGCGCAAGAACGGGAACUUUGUGUGCAAGCUGUUCGAUCUGUUCACACCGUUCAGCGUGGGUCUGAUCUACCUGAUGUACAAGUGCUUCCAUCAAAUAGCGAUCAUCAAGCCAAAUAGCAGUCGUCCGGCCAACUCGGAGCGCUACCUCGUCUGCAAGUACAAGCUGGAGGAGACCACUGACGUUAUCAACUACAUGAACACCAUCAACGUUACGCUGAACGAGGAGCGCGAAAGUGUCGACGAUAUUCUCGAGAUCUUCGACGCCAACGAGAUCGCUGCGGAUGGCGAUUUCGUAAGCUAUGUGAUCGAGUCGAACAAUGCCAUUGGCAGGAAGCAGAUUACGGGCCUGCAUAAGCUCUCUGCCUUUGCCCAGAAUCCCGAGCUGAAGGAAACACGCCAGUCGGAGGUGCGUCAGCAGUGCCUCAAGAUGUGGGCGCUGCCCGAUAAGCUGCGCAAGGCGCCGGAGACCAAGCCACCCGAUCAUCUGCUCAAGGAGCUGCUCCUCGAUUGGUCGCAGGAUCGCAGGUGGCUCAAUAUUCAGCCCAUUGAGAUGAACAGUGUGACGGCCCUCGCCAACUGCGUUCAGAACGUCCGCGACUGGAUAUUCAUGCCCAUCGGUCGCGAGGAGACAAACAACAACAGCUGCAGCCUGUUCAUGUGCAGGUCGCGCGGCCAUCUGCUCCGCUACACGGAGCACAAGAAGUGGGAGCCCGUCGAAACGUCGUUUGAGGUGCAGGCUCGUUCCAUAUUUUUCGGCCAGAUCGUGUCCGAGUUCUAUGGCGAGGGGCGCACCAUUCAGCGCGUGCCCGCUCUGCACAUCAUCGACGGCAUCUGCCUGGGCGGCAUCGACAUUCGCCGACGUGCGUUAUGCGAUCGCAUCAGCAUGUGCGACAAGUACGCGCGCAGCUUGAACAAGCCGUACAAGAAGGAGCGCACCUAUGGCCCGCUGCGCAGCAAUCCAUACUUUCGGCUGCCGGAUAUGCAGAGCUUCUUUGGCGACAUGCGCCAGUAUGUGCUGAAGGAUAGUUCGAAGCGUUUCGGCUUCUCCCUGGGCGACAACAAGUUCUUUGUGCCCGGCGGCAUACUCAUGCUGUGCGAACUGACGCCGAACUACAUGUCGGCCAAGUCGCGAUCCCGCAACCAGAUCUACUACUUCAACACCAACAGCCGGGAGUCGUUCUACAAGGAUGAUGUGCCCAAGUUUAAAAAGGAAGCCGAAAUCUUUGGCUCCUUCCGCCAGAACUAUAUCCGCCGUCUGCUCUGGAAGUGGACGGACCUGCGACAGGUGGAGGAGCAUGCCCACGAGGACAAUCCAAAUCUAUUGUUCCGCAGCCAGUUCGUCAAAUUUAUCGCAGACGAAUUGGACAAAUUGGGGCCAGCGUAGGCCCCCACCUAGAUCUUAAGCUUAACCAUAUUUUAAGACGAAAAGUGUUUAUGUUUACUACUACUACCAUAUUUUUUUUUUGUUUUUUGCCACCUGCAUAGGAUUUAUCUGGAGGUUUUACAACAGAUCCUGUAUUUUACUUAUACGAAUUAAGUAUCUGACGAACAGGAGCUGUUCCCAAAA